CUCCCUUGAGAUCCCUCCUCUUUAUGUGUAGAAUUGUGUUGUAAAGUUUAUCAUUUAUUGUAGAAAGCAGGUCGAAACUUAAACUUAAUUUACUCGUGCACAAGUGUCACUGUUUAUGAGCUCAGCUGGAUCAAUCGAUAUCUAUCCUCAAUCUCAUCCCUAUCAUCUUCUUAUCUACUUACCUAGUACCUAAGCAAUAAUCCCGUGCCAAAUCUCUCGUAGUUAUUACAUAUAAUAUAAUGGGUGCUCAGCAGUCAAAGAGUUCGCCUGAGGCGGCAGCGGUUGCUGCGCAUGAAAAGGCCGUUCUCGAACGCCUCCAAAGUCUCAGGUUUGAGGACGACUUCGUUCACGUUAACAGCGAGAAGGGGGUGUCAUUUAAGGAGCGUAUAAGCAGGCGACCGGAGGGACUAGAUAUUGAGAUUACUCAGGACUGGCAGUCUAAGUUGCUUUCAGAUCCCAAGAACAGAUUGGCACUCUCAGCUCUCAGUUCUGCGAAUCCAAAAGAUGUCUUGGCUGUUCGUUCCGCGAAGAUUGCGGAUCAACAUGUAUUCAACGUCCGCAUACCGUUCGAAGGCGCCCCCAUCACAAACCAGCGAUCCUCGGGUCGGUGCUGGCUUUUCGCUAGUACGAAUGUGUUCCGUAUCGCUCUCAUGAAGAAGUACAACCUCGACUCGUUCGAGCUCUCGCAAGCUUAUCUGUUCUUUUGGGAUAAGCUUGAGAAGUCGAACUUUUUCCUAGAAAACAUUAUCGAGACCGCCGACCAAUCCCUAGACGAGAGGUUGGUCCAGAGAUUACUCGCGGACCCUAUAAGCGACGGCGGGCAGUGGGACAUGGUGUACAAUCUCGUCGAGAAAUACGGCCUCGUGCCCCAGGCCCUAUACCCGGAUAGCUGGAAUGCUAUGACGAGCAGCACUAUCAACUCUAUCAUCGUGGCCAAGCUACGCGAGUACGCAGUCAUCCUGCGGGAUCUAUCUAACAGCCCAUCAACCACAACGGCUGUCCUCUCCGCAACAAAGGACAAGAUGAUGCGCGAAGUCCACCUCAUCCUAACGCUGACCCUAGGUCCGCCGCCUAGCUCGAGCGAGGAGUUUGAGUGGGUCUUCCAAGACAAGGACGGGCGCGCCCGCACGGUGGUCUCCACGCCGCACCGCUUCGCAAAGGACAUCUCGAGCCCCGAGUUCCGCAUCAGCAGCUCCACCGUCGCGAGCAUGGUCUCCUUAGUCCACGACCCGCGCCACGACCCCCUGUCCCUGCUCUCCGUCGACAGGCUGGGGAAUAUCGUCGGCGGCCGCGGGAUCACGUAUAUCAACGUCGACAUGGCGACGCUGAAGCAGGCGUGCGUGGCUAUGCUGCGCGCGGGCCUGCCCGUGUUCUUCGGCUCCGAUGUCGGGAAGUACAGCGAGCGCGUCAGCGGGGUCAUGGAUUUGGGGGUGUUUGAUUACGAACUCGGGUUUAACGUUAGUCUCUACGGCAGCUUGGAUAAGGCGGCGAGACUUAGGGUCGGUGAGAGCGCUAUGACUCAUGCUAUGGUGCUCACGGCGGUGCAUGUCGAUGCGGAGGGCAAGACUGUCCGUUGGAGGGUGCAGAAUAGUUGGGGUGAGGGCGUCGGGGAGAAGGGCUGGUUUGUUAUGAGUGAUGAGUGGAUGGAUGAGUUUGUUUACCAGGCUGUGGUUGAUCCGAGGUUUUUGGCUCGACGGGUUCGGGAUGUGCUUGGCAAGGAGCCGGUGGUGCUGCCGCUUUGGGAUCCUAUGGGGAGUUUGGCUUAGGGGGGUAGGGUGGCUGUUUGUUGAUGCUUGGAGCUGUUGUCUGGUUCUGGGGUUGAGCUCUUGAUGUGAUGUGACUGGAAAGGGGUUAGGGAAGGGGUGGGAGUUGUGAUAAUGAUAAUGAGCUUUGAUCUAUUGUAGGUAUUUAUGAAUUGAUGUUGAUGUUCUGCAUCUACACCUUACGAAGAUUACGACUUUUGUUGUUUACCUCCUAUCUACGAUCGAAUAUUACCUACUAGUACGUAGCUACCUAGGUACCUAGGAUGAUUCCUUGUAAGUGUUUCCAUUAAGUAGGGAGGAAAUGCCCUACAUUAGGUAGAUACUUUCAAGUCUAGAUCUCA